UCUCAACCGCUACACGGUUAAGAACAGCUACCCCAUGCCUCGCUUCGAUGAGCUGUUCGACCGCCUAGCAGGCAACCGCUUCUUUAUGAAGAUUGAUCUUUGUAGCGGUUACCAUCAGAUCCGCGUCGCUGCAGCCGACCAGCCGAAGACUGCGUUCCGAUCGCGCUUCGGCCACUACGAGUUUACGGUGAUGCCAUUCGGCCUCACCAACGCACCCGCCAUCUUCCAGAGGGCGAUGAACGACAUCUUGAGGGACAUACUAGAGCAAUACGUUGUCGUUUACCUCGACGAUAUCCUGGUCUACAGUCGUACCCUUGAGGAGCACCUCAGACACCUUCGUGACGUCCUUGACCGCUUGCGCAGACAUGGCUUCUACGCCAAGCUCAGCAAGUGCCGCUUUUCCCAGCACAAAGUGGACUUCUUAGGACAUGACGUGUCUGACCAGGGUCUCCACAUGGACGACGCGAAGAUCACUGCUAUUGCGGAGUGGCCUGCUCCCACAACCGCCAACCAGCUUCGCAGCUUCCUAGGCUUGACCAGCUACUAUAGCAACUUCAUCCGGGGAUACGCUAGGUAUUCUUACGUCCUUACCUCCACCCUCCUCCGAAAGAACCCACUCUGGGCUUGGACACCCCUCCACGAGGACGCCUUCCGCGCCCUCAAGAAGGCGGUGACAUGUGCACCGGUUCUUCACCUACCCGAUUUUGAUCGCCUUUCUAUCAAUACCACCGAUGCGUUAGACUUUGCUGUAGGAGCAGUGCUUUCUCAGGUCUUCCCCUCCUCUCCUGAUUCCUCUCAUCCUCGUAUCCCUCGCUUCCCACCACCUACCCCUACCACUGCUUCCCGACUGACGCCUACUCGUCCAGCUACUGACGAGGCUUCUAUUGACUAUUCUCCUAUCAUCGCCGAGGACGGCACUGUGGAGACUCGCUCAGGUGAUUGUCCGAUAGCCUUUUACUCCCGUCAGCUCCUGCCCGCCGUGAUAAACUACACUGCUGAUGAACGUGAGCUGCACCCCGACACGAGUUGUCCCGAGCUGGACGAUUGGGUGACACACAUGACGUCUAUCAUGAAGACCGCACAUGAGAACAUAGCCGCUUCCCAGACUCGCAUGGCAACACGCGCGAACCGAUCGAGGAUGGAUUAUCCAUUCAAAGUCGGUGAUGAUGUGCUUAUCGACGCUUACCACUUACAGCUAGAAGCGGACACGCUUCGCAAGUUUCGGCGUCGCUUCUUUGACCCAUUCCGCAUCCUCCAGGCCGUCGGUUCUGAUACGACAUCUAGCCCGGUCAGCUUCCGUGUGAAGCUGCACGACUACCUACGCCGGACUCGUGUGCACGAUGUCUACCACGUCUCGUUACUGCAUCCUUACCGCAGAGCGUCUCAGCGUUUUGCCGGACGACCAUACGAGCGCCCUCCACUCAUCAUGGUGGACGGUGACGAGGAGUUCCUCGUUUCAGACAUCAUUGGUCGCCGAGUCACCGAUGACAACCCUCCCCACGUCGAGUAUCUCGUACGUUGGAAGGGUUACCCUGAUGAGGAGGCUACCUGGGAGCCCCUCGAGCACUUGCAGCAUGCUCGCAUGUUGAACGCGAUGCUUUACCUGCAAAGACAGGGUGGAGGUGAUUGGAAAGGGCCGGACCACCUUGAGGUUUUUGGUGACCUUCACGAGUUUCACAAGGAACCCACGCUGAACGGGCCCAAGAGAAAGGACAAGAAGAUGUGGGAGCCCGAUGCGAAGGUUGAUUGUGAGAGGCUCACACCGUCAGAGUGGUGGGCGACUUAUGAUGGCGAUGUCCCCGACUUGCAGGCCAUUGCCAUCAAAGUGAUGGGCAUGUGGAGUACAACAACCCCGGCGGAGAGGAAUUGGGCGUCCAUGGACUUCGUGCAUUCGAAAAGGAGGAACAAUUUGAAGCCCGAAACAUUGGAGAAGCUGGUUUACAUCCAUUGGAACAUGCAACUACUGCGUGCUGCCAACUACAGCGGUGCCAACGACGAGGGCUACGUCGAUCUGUGGAGUUCGUUCUUCGAGGCUAUUCCAGAGCCAGACGAGAACAAUUGAUUUGUCUUGAGGGGCCCCGAGGAAGAAACUGAGAAGACGGAUGAGGAGCUGGUGCGACAAAGCAGCUUCGU